GGCGGCGGCGGCGGCAGCCGGGCGAGCCAUGGGCACGGUGCCGUCCGCGCUGAAGCACUGCCUCAGCUACCAGCACCUCCUCAAGGAGCAGCUGUGGAUCGCGGAGCCGCCCGCGGCCGCGCAACCCGCGCAGGCACGUCCCCGCGCCGCUGUUGCCCCUGCCCGCCCGCAGCGCCCGGUUCUCUCCUCUCUCCCUUCUCCUCUCCCCUCUCUCCACUCUCCCGCCUUUCCCGGAGCAGCGGGGGAGGGAGGAGGCCCUUACCCACCGCCCCGCACCGCUGGGCUGUGUCUGGUCAGUGUUCCGGCACAGGGCCGGUGUCACACCGUGUUCCAGGCAGUUCACAGGAACCUCAAGCAUCUGGACUGCCUGAGUACAUAAAGAUUGUAGAAGUUGGGCCAAGGGAUGGUUUACAAAAUGAGAAGGUGAUAGUCCCAACUGAUAUAAAAAUUGAGUUAAUCAACCAGCUUUCCAAAACAGGCCUGCCUGCGAUAGAAGUAACCAGUUUUGUUUCGUCCAAAUGGGUGCCUCAGAUGGCAGAUCACAAAGAAGUAAUGAGGGGCAUUGAGCGGCAUCCUGGAGUCCAGUAUCCUGUUCUCACACCUAAUCUUCAAGGUUUUCAUUCUGCUAUUGCAGCGGGAGCUACAGAAAUCUCGGUAUUUGGCGCAGCAUCUGAAUCUUUUAGCAAAAUGAAUAUUAAUUGUUCAAUUGAAGAAAGCAUAGAAAGGUUUGAAGAAGUCACUAAAUCUGCAAGGAGUAUGAAUAUUCCAGUGCGUGGGUAUGUGUCCUGUGCCUUAGGAUGCCCAUAUGAAGGAAACGUUGUACCAGAUAAAGUGGCAGAAGUAUCUAAGCGGCUGUACAGUAUGGGCUGUUAUGAAAUCUCUCUGGGAGAUACAAUUGGUGUGGGGACACCUGGAAGUAUGAAAAAAAUGCUGGAAGCUGUUAUGAAAGAAAUUCCUUUGAGUGCUCUUGCUGUUCACUGUCAUGACACGUAUGGCCAGGCGUUAGCCAAUAUCCUCACAGCCAUGCAGAUGGGAGUUUCUGUGGUGGAUUCAUCUGUUGCAGGACUUGGUGGUUGUCCCUAUGCAAAAGGUGCUACUGGAAAUGUAGCCACAGAGGAUGUGAUAUACAUGCUGAAUGGUCUGGGGAUCAACACAGGAGUAAAUCUUUGUGCCGUGAUGGAAGCUGGAAACUUCAUCUGCACAGCUUUGAACAAGAAAACAAACUCAAAGGUUGCACAAGCUUCCUUCAGUACUGGAACUAUCAAUUAAAUGGAUUUUUUUUUUUGCAGCUUGAUUACAUUUUCCAUUUACCCUGACCAAGGACCUUUGCUUUAGGAAAAGAAACAAGGAAACCAUUGCAUCAAAGAAACAAAAUAGAACCGAUAUAUAUAUAUUUUUUUUUAAUGGGAACAGUUAUUGUAAUGUACUGUCUUGUCAGGAAUUGUCUGAUUUGUAAGUAAGAAAUAAACGACUGUAGUACAGAACCCUCUACUUUGUACUUCUACAGAUGAGAGAAAUGUAUAAACACCAGGAAAUUUUACCAUGUUUUAAAUUGAAUUUUUAAUUAUUUUCAGGAAAACCAGGUAGAAACAGUGAGUACAUAGUUCAAUUUUAAUCGACAUGUCUUUCAGAACAGUACAAAUAUUUUCAGUAGUUUAUGAGAUCUCACACUGUGUGUGGCCAUUCUAUUAUGUGUUUUAUUUAUCUGAAUUCUCGUUUUUCAUUUGUCAAGUCACUGUGUUAGGAACACAGAGCCAAAUCUGAAAUCACUGUAAGACCUUUUUAGCAAUAGAACUUCUUUUAAAUUUUGUUUAACAGCUGCUAAAUUAUGGAUGACUUUAUCUUAUUCCAAGACAUUGUGGUGAAUGGCACUCUGCCAGAUCCUUCCAAUCCUCCAGCAAGUUUCCUUAUUUGUUACAUAUGUUAAAUUUGUUGUAGUUGCAUUUUUUGGUCAACUUAUUAAAACCUAAUUAUAUGAAGCAAAUAAAAAUUGGCAAGGUUUUCAACAUCAUUCAGGUUCAUAGUGGUGUAGAAGGGGCUACAUUUUCAUCCAAGGUUUCAUUAAAGAAUUAGAUUUGUCAUUCUGUAGGCUACGAAUUGAUAUUCUCAUUCAGAAAUCACAGGUUUUUAGGAUAAUAGUAUUUUCCUGGACUAGCUUACACAAAGGAGACCACUUAGAGUUUUUUUUUGUGCUCUACUGAAAAUGAUACUGAAAUAGUACUGUUCUUUUAAAUGCCUUAGUUCAACAAGAUGCCAAUGGACUGCACUGUUCAAUAAUCAGUAGAUUAGAUCAAUAAUGAACAAAUGGGCAAAUUCAAAGAGCCUUAUCCUAUAUAUAAAUGUUCAAGUGAGCCAUCAAAAUACUGUCAUGUUUUUCAUCCUGAAACUUCAGUACUCUUACUGGUUGGUUGUGUAGGACCUGUCUGUACUUCUCUGUGUACCUUAAUCUAUAUUUUUUCUGAACAUAGCCUAUUGACAUGAAAAUCUAAAACCCUGGACUGUGGUCUUCAUCCAUAUUCUCAAUUUUCCUCAAAAAUGUGAAGUGUUGUCAAAAGGUAAGUUGAAAGAAAGUGGAAAAUAACACAUUAAAAAAGGCUGAAUAUUUUUUUGUCUGGAACUCAAGUCUGCCAAGUAACAGCUGAGUCAUGGUUUGCCUUUGAAAUACCAAAGUGAAUUUUUCUGAGAUCUUUUAGCCAGUUGUGUACUUUAGAAUUGGCAUUGUUUAAGAAAGUCAGUCUUGCCUUCCAGGCAACACAAGGCUAUAAAUUUGAUAUAACACCCCUAUUCUGUUUAUGCCAUAAUGAUAGUCAAAAUUAAUAUAAGCUACUUCGUUUCACUUUUCUCAUGGUAAAAGUCAAAGGAUAAAAAAAGAAAUGUGUUCAGGUGAGGCAAGAAAUUUCUUCCCUAUCAUUCCAAAAUACUAAAUCUUCCCUGCAGAGUCUCAUAAGAAGACUUUCAAGUACUCCUGAAGGUAUGAACACCCUGAUUUUCUUGACCUGCCCUGGAUGCAUGGUUGGAUCACCACAAAAAAGCUCUUUCCUCUUUUCCCCCAUGUUUCAGCUGGGGCUUUGCUAUUUAGCAGACACUAAAGCUCAUAUAUCAAAACGUGAACUUAAAUAAAACCAGGUCUUGAACCAUUCACAGACUUAAAAAUUCUGUAAUGAAUUAGACCCAAUGAAGAGGUAAGGAAACUGCAGCAGUGUGGUUAAGCCUAAAUGUGGUGCCAGAAUUGACAUGUUAAUAACUCCUUAAUUUAUGUGUCAUUUACCCCUGAAGGUGACUAACCUUACUGUAAUACUUUCCAAUUUAAUAAUAAUUUUUCCUGCAUAGUUUUCUCUGUAGGCACAGAUUUGGCUCAUUUUGAGCUGAAGUAUGCAGUUUUCAUGUAGGUCCUGAUGAAUUUUCUUCCACCCAAGACCCUCUGAGCCAGCAUGUUUAAUUAACAUAAACAAUAUUGAGCUUCUCAAAGACUGAAAGUGAAGUCAGCCCUUGAAAUAAAGCAGUUUGAUGCAAACCUGAAUGUGAGACUAAACAACUGAACUGAGACUGAACUUGCUGCUCAGCCUGGGGAGAUUAAAUACACACCCAUGACAGGAACUGAGGGAAUGGCCUGAAGUUGUGUCAGGGGAGGUGUAGGUUGGAUAUUAGAAAAAUGUUCUUCACCCAGAGGGUGG